UCCCAUCCCCAACCCCGCCAUGGACGCCCCGCCCGCCUCCACCUCCACCUCCGCCGCGGGAUCGGCGUCGGCGUCGCAGGACGCCGCCGCCGAGACCACGCCGCGCCGCCCGGCGGGGCACCGCCGCGCGCAGUCGGAGAUCCUCCUCGGGGCCACCGCCCUCCCGGACGAUCUCACCUUCGACGCCGACCUCGGCGUCGUCGGCGAGGGCGGAGGAAGCGGCGGCGGCGGCGGCGACGAGGACGACGACGACGAGUACGAGGAGGACGAGGAAGGCGGCGGCGGCGGCAGCGGGGGCAGCCGGAUGUUCGAGAUGUUCCUCCAGGCCGGCGGCAGACUCUCCGAGCCGCUGGAGCCGUCGCCGUACCCGCAGCCGCCGCCGCCCGCGCGGCCGCGGCACCAGCACAGCAUGUCGAUGGACGGCUCCACGUCGUUCGGGUCCGCCUCCUCCGGUAUGCCGGGGAGGCACGGCGCGGACGCCAAGAAGGCCAUCUCCGACGCCAAGCUCGCCGAGCUCGCUCUCGUUGACCCCAAGCGCGCCAAGAGGAUCAUGGCAAACCGCCAGUCAGCUGCUAGAUCAAAAGAAAGAAAGAUGCGCUACAUUGCGGAGCUUGAGAGGAAAGUACAGUGUCUUCAAACAGAAGCAACUACGCUAUCAGCUCAGUUGGCCCUGUUACAGAGAGAUACCAGUGGUUUAACAAAUGAAAAUGGUGAUUUGAAGCUGCAAGUGCAAACAAUGGAGCAGCAGGUCAGGUUGCAAGAUGUGCUGAACGACAGACUGAGGGACGAGGUUCAGCAGCUGAAGAUGGCAACAGGACAGCUUAACGCCAACAAUGGAAACCUGGGGAAUUUCGGCGGUCUGUCCUCGUACGGAGUCAAUUCACAGAGCUACCAGCGAAGCCAGAUGCAACAACAAUCUCUUCUGGCUGCUCAGCAGCUUCAGCAGCUCCAAAUCCACUCUCAGCACCAGCAGCCCCAAAUGCACCUGCAGCAGCAACGCCUUGCCAGUGUCCGGCAGCAGCAACAGCAGCAGCAGCAGCAGUCGCUGCUGCGUCCGGAAGCACUGCCAUUUCCGGGAGACCUCAAGAUGAAGGGAAUUGCCAUGACAGCCCAUGUGCAGAAUGCGGGCCCGUCCCCUUUCGAUGGCCGCGCAAGGAGCGAGCCGUGAGAACCGGCGCAGGUAGGGUACAUGUCAGUUGCCAGUAAUAAUAGACUUGCUUGUACUACUGCCUGAGUCGAGUGGCUCAUGCAUAGGCUAGUGCAGUGUGUAGGUAGGUGCCUAGAUGUCUGCAGCAGUCCUCUAGAAUGUCGACCCCAUUCAGUCGCAAGUUUGUUGCAGAACUGCUGAAAGCGGAGCGAGUACUUUUACCAGACGGAGUGUUCCAUCUGGAUUUAACCAUAAAAAGUUGGUGCCCAAAACCUUUCUCGAAUAUGGUGCAAGAACAGAGUGAGAGACUGAUAGUUGAAGCUCAACCAUGUCGGCUUGGCGUCUGUGCCAGCCAGAGCAAAUAAAAUGCUUGGUGGAAAGAAAAUUCCUAUUCUGGGUGCA